AUGGCGGCCAUGGCUAAUCUUGCGAACACCAUGGGGGCUACCGCUACUGCGACUCUGCAAGCUGUGCAGAGGUUAGGCCAACCGGCUAGAAACAAAAACGGGAAUGGCGAACGAAAUGCAAAUGACUAUACGGAAGGAAAUGACGAUACUGUGGGAGGUGCUCCGAUGACCUUAGCUACGUUUCUCAAGAUUCAUCCGCCAAGUUUCAGAGGUUCAACAAAUCCUACGGAAGCGAAUAACUGGUUCCAAGCUAUGGAGUGCACACUGCAAGCACAGCAUGUCCCAAACAACCAAUACGUGGAGUUUGCUGCUUAUCAGCUUCGAAAAGAGGCCCAGCAUUGGUGGCAAGCAGAGAGCUUCUUGUUACAACUUCAGAACGCUGAUGUUCCUUGGGAUGUAUUUCAAAUGGCCUUCUACAAGAAGUACUUUCCUGAGUCUGUAAGGGAGGCGAAGGAGAUGGAACUUAUGUAG